GUGCCGUAGGCACAUAACUAUCUAUUGUAUUAGUCUAUGCGAAUGUAUCGAUUCUUAACUAUCGCAUCUAUAAUGUAUCUACUCAUUGUCUCUAACGCCAUAUAAUAAAUAGUGUUAAUCGUACCAAUUAAGCCAGUGUGUAUCAGUACUUCAUAAUAAAUGGUUGACAUAUCGGAGUUUCCUUAAUUAUACAACCCUGACGGAACAAGUGGUGACCCCGACGUGAUUCUGAAGUACAAUGGCCACUCAACCAAAGCCGCAACCUGAGGUCGUGGAACUAGCCACUGUGACUGUAUCAUCCAGAAUCCCUGAAUUUUGGAGCGACCAGCCUCGCCUCUGGUUUGUGCAGUGUGAGGCAGUCCUAGGCCCACAGAAACUUAGCGACGAAGCACGUUUCAACCUCGUUGUUACAAAACUCGGGAAGGAAGUAGUGCAACAAGUCAGUGACAUUCUGUUGAAACCACCUGAAACAAAAAAGUUCGAAGCGCUGAAGACCCGUCUUUUGUCUGUGUAUGAGGAGUCCGAAACACGGCAAUUCCAGAAGCUUCUCGGUGAGAUGGAGUUAGGCGACCAGAAGCCUUCGCAGCUUUUGCGCCGCAUGAAAGAUCUCGCGCGUGACAAAGUUCCUGAUGAGACGCUGCGUUUGAUGUGGCAAGGUCAUCUUCCAUCACCAGUCAGAGCCGUACUCGCUGUCACCGAGGUCACAAAUUUGGACAAUCUCGCCGUGAUUGCCGAUAAGGUAAUAGAAACUUCAAAACCGCUGCAAGUAUCGGAAGUUCAAACUGCGUCCAAUACGAACAAUGACCAAUCUUAUAUUAUAGCUGAAUUAGCUAAACUCAGCAUGAAGAUCAGGGACAUGGAGAGAGGCAGAAAUAGAGUUCGAAAUUUUAAUAGACCAUUUAAUCGGAGACAGUCUCGAUCAAUGUCACGCGGACGUAACCUGAGCCGUCGUACACCUGACUCGCCGGAUUGGUUGUGUUAUUAUCAUUUUAAAUUUCAUAAUCGAGCAAGGAAAUGCGUAGAGCCGUGCGCAUGGAAAAAGAAUGAACAAAACAAGGGAAACUGAAACAGGCACAACUGCAGGCGGAGGUGUGUGCUAUCAAUCCAGUUAGCCGCCUAUGUAUUAUGGACAAUAACAGCGGGAUGCAAUUUUUAGUAGACACUGGUGCUAAUAUAUCUGUGCUACCCGUGACAAGAAGACCAUAUUAUCA